AUGUUAGCCUACUGUAUUUUUGCCAUGGAAAGAUGUGGACAACUUGCUUGUAACAGCUUGGAGAAGCAGGUGCCACCAUACAGAGCAGCUUUUGUUGGGGUGCAGUGGAAGCAAGCAGCUCAGAAAAGGAGAGGAGCCAGGAGCUUGCUGUGGGACCACCAGCAGAAAUGUAAUGGGUCUAUAUCUUCCCCGCAACUUUCUGUACCUUAUUGCAGCUAGAGUUCAACUCAGACUCCUGUGAAUGCACCCUCUAUUUUGGAAAAUAAUGCCAACUCUUAGGACACCAAAGCUUUUGGAAGACAAGCUGUUUUUCAGCAAGAUUCUUGGUUAAAGAAAAGGUUGUACAAGUUACCUGAAAGAUGUCUUUCUGUAACGCAGCCCUACAUCCCUGAGAAGGCUGUCGAAAGUUAUAAAGUCAUCUGCCUGUCUCCAAAGUGUGUUAUGGAGCAAGAAGGGGACAAGUUUUCCCUUCAUGUGAGAUCUUUGGAUUUACCCUGUACUACUUCUAGACCAUAGGGCAUUCCUGUGUUUCAGAUCUCAUACAAAGGCAAAGUAUACCAGGACUGGAGAGGCGUGAUUGCACCAAAUCCUAUGGCACAGUGGGCUGGGGAGCAGCAGGACGGGGAAGCAAUAGAGGAGUUGGCAGGGGUUGAUGAUAUGAUUUUCCUUAUUGUUAAAAGGGAGCUUAAUUCAAGCUAUGUGGUCAACUUCCUUUUAGAAAAUUAUGGUAGACACCAAGCCAACAAGCAGAAGAGUACUGCAUCAAGUGCUAUGUCAGAAAGGAGGAAUACAAGGAAAGACAGGCCAGCAAGGCAAGGUGCUGGAGUUGCUCUUUAUGAGAGAGAGGAAAUGGAAUGCAUUGAGCUCUCCCUAGGGGUGGAUGCAGAAAGAACCGAAAGCUUAUGGGUAAAGAUUAAAGGGCAGGCUGACAUGGGGGACACUGUUGUGAGUGUUUGCUACAGGCCGCCUGAUCAGGAAGGGGGAGUCAAUGAGGCCUUCGACAGGCAGCUGGAGGUAGUCUCAUGGUCACAGGCCCUGGUUCUCAUGGGAGCCCUCAACCCGCCUGAUAUCUGCUGGAAAGACCACACAGCUGGGCACACACAGCCCAGGAGGUUCCUGCAGUGUGUUGAUGGUACGUUUUUGACGCAGGUUGUGGAGGAACCAGUGAGGCGAGGUGUGCUGCUGGACCUUGUGCUAGCAAAGAAGGGCUGCUUGGGAAUGUGGAGGCUGGGGGCAACCUUCGCUGCAGUGACCAUGAGAUGUGACAAAUGCCUUGACCUUCAAACUCAGAGAAAUGUAACUCACUCGGAAGUCUUUGAAAGUUCUCAUGAUAGUAGAAAGUAUCCUAGCAGUAGAGAAGUACUUAAAACAGUCAUUUGCAUUCAAAGAUAUGCAAGAGGGUGUCUUGAACAUAUGGCAUUCAAGAGGCUAAAAAUUAAGUCUACAAGUCAUGGACCAUCCCUAUCAGCAUUUGUAAGGUACUACUGCAAAAUGACAGCUUGCGUUAAAUGUGGAGCUGGUGUUUUGGAUCUCUCUAUAUCACUUUGGUAUUUUGAAUUAGAGGAGUGGAUAGAGAAAAUAAAGAAUUCAACAAAAAGAGGGAGAAGUGAUCUGCCUGAAUUUUUGAGAGACUGGAUAUUCAAUAUUCAAAUGUAUGCUAGUGGAAUACAGCAUGUCUUUCAGUUGGUCUGUCCAGCUUCCACUGCUGCUGUAAGAAGCAUCAAAAAGCACCAGGCAGUUGAAAUGACUUUCACAUUAUUUCGUCCUCUUGGUGCAAAAGUGAAGAACCUAAUUACAGCGCUGCUAUCAUGGGUGCACCUUUUCAUGGAUGGAAAAGAUGUAUCUAAGAAAUCAUCAUUUUCCCAUCCAAAGUCAAAGAAAGCUGAUUUUCAAGUGUCAGCUGCAUUAGCAACUUCUCCAGUGAGAGAGUGGAAAAGGAAUCACCUCUCUGAUCAGAGUUUCUGGUGCCACUGCAUGAAAAGUAGCUGUUGA